AUGCAUAUGGCUCGAACAUGUCCAAUGUAUUUUUUUACAAGGGCCUAUUCAAAGACACACUGCCAGGAUCUGCCAGGGUACUAUGCCAAGCACAAGGAUUCCAACAUGAAGCUGGCUGUUCUGCGUGUGGAUGGCAACUUUCACGACUCCUACCAGGAUGCCCUCUACUACUUGUAUGGCUUUGUUCCGGUGGGUGGCUUUGUCAUUUUUGAUGAUGUCUUUUCCCACAAAGGGGCGAUGCAAGCAUGGAACGAGUUCAACAAGGAUCAUGGCCUUCCAGAAGAGUUGACAAGAAUCGAUAUAUAUAUAUAUGUAUAUAUAUAUAUAUAUAUUCAGGCUAUUUCCGAAAGACUCGUAGUGUCUCCGUGGACUUCACGAAAAUGCGGCCUUCACACGUGUAACAUGCACAACAGUGCACAACACUUUCGCGAGAUGCGCAACAUGUUUGUCCAAGAUUCGGCGGACGCUGGGUGUUUGUGCAGGGCCAAAGCUUCCCUGCAUCGGUUCUCACUAUUCUGA